UAUGAACAGAGCUGUGAAUAAAGAUCAAUAGAAGACCUUGACCUUCGUCGUGAAUCGCCAUCAAACAAUUCAAAACUCAAAUACAAUCAGCCAUGUCUAAAGGGAUCCUCAUCACCGGUGCGACGGGCAAACAAGGCGGCGCGACCAUUGACGCCCUCAUCAGCUCUCCGUCGCACAGCUCCGACUUCACCAUUCUAGCUGUGACCCGUAACCCAUCUUCAGCAUCAGCAACGGCCUUGCAAAACAAAUCACCAGCCAUCAAGCUUGUCACUGGCGACCUCAACGACGUGCCUGGCAUCUUCAAUGCCGCCGAAGCAAUCCACAAACCAAUCCAUGGAGUUUUCAGCGUUCAAACUUUCGCUGGCCAGGGUCAAAGUGUCGACACAGAAGAGAAGCAAGGUAAAGCUUUGAUUGAUGAGGCUUUGAAACGCGGUGUCAACCACUUCGUCUACACUUCUGUGGACCGUGGCGGCGACAAGUCCUUGGACAACCCAACCAACAUCCCUCAUUUCCGCAGCAAACACAACAUCGAGCGUCACCUUGUCGAUAGCGCAAAAGGCACAAACAUGUCGUACACCAUCCUACGGCCCACAGCCUUCAUGGACAAUUGGGUCCCCGGCUUCAUGGGCAAGAUGUUUGGAGCCAUGUGGACGUCAGCCCUUGCACCGGAUCGCAAACUCCAACUCAUCAGCACCAAAGACAUCGGCUUCUUCGCUGCUCAAGCUUUCCGCAACCCCGAUCGUUUCAACAACCGCGCCGUCAGUCUUGCGGGUGACGAACUCACUUUCGCUGAGGCUAGCAAGGUUUGGCAGGACACUGUGGGCUAUGGAGCACCUGCAACAUAUUCGUUCAUGGGUGGUGGCUUGAUGUGGGCUGUUAAGGAGUUGGGUACGAUGUUCAGAUGGUUCGAGACCGACGGAUACCAAGUCGAUAUCCCGGCUCUCAAGAAGGAGCAUCCUGGCUUGCAGACACUAGGCGAUUGGAUUGAGAAGGAAAGUGCUUUCAAGAAGCAGUAGGCGGGUUACGAGAGAGCCUCUAAAUGAAACAGAAUUGCAACGAUUUAUGGGUCGAAGCUUGUGUCUACUGAUCAAAAUAUCGAGGCUGUUUACUCCGAGCAGGAGCGCCGCAACAUCAUCAAGCAAAAUUAGGAAGAUGUAAAAAACUCAUUUUCAAUCUCGAGGCUGAUCUAUGAUCGUUACGAC